AUGGUUUCUAAAUGUGUCAGAGAUUGGAUUGCCAUAGCUUAUCUACUCACUGUUGAAAGGGCCUAUAACAGUGUUGCACCACAAACACAAACAUCUUGCUGCACUGGUCAUGCUAGACUUAUAGAUGAUGUUCCUUGGUUAGGUGCUAGUUCCCUGAAUCUCGUGGUGUUGUUUUGGAAAUUCUCGAAGGCUAUCUUGGUAUUAUUGAUGCAACUGUCUCAGUUUUAUUAUGCUAUUCAUUAUGAGGAUACAAAGGCUUUGAUUUUAGGUUGGCUUUCAGCUGCUAUUUCUUUUGCUUUUCUUAGAACUUUGAUACGAAACCUGUCUACAACUUAA